AUGGGAGGGCUCCAAGCUGGCAGAAGAGACAGUCGCGUUAUGGGGAUCCCAUGGUCUUGCCACGGCGCCACCGUUCCACCGAAGACUAGGAGUAUUCGGAGUUUCGUUGCUGGAGGUCUCGAACGUGGUAAGGAGGAGGCAGAUGGGACUGAGGAAGAGUAA